GCAUAAACAACUCUCCGUAGUGUCACCUGAUAAACUACUAUGACCUCCAAAGAUCCCACGGUUAUGGAGGACCGGAGACGCAAUGCGCUGGACCAGCUUCCGCCGCCGGCCAACUCCAACAAGCCCCUGACGCCAUUCAGUAUAGAGGACAUCCUGAACAAGCCCUCGGUAAAGAGAAGUUAUUCUAGCUGCGGGACGGCGCACCUGCUCUCCUCCAGCGAGAAGCUGUCCUCUUCAGGGCAUAGCCUGUCCAGCCGGGCCCUUUUCACCCAAACCUCCCCGCUCUGCGCUCUGGAGGAGCUCGCCAGCAAAACCUUCAAAGGGCUCGAAGUCAGUGUUCUUCAAGCGGCGGAGGGCCGAGACGGCACGACACUAUUCGGUUCGCGGAAUAACCCCAAAAAGCGCCGGAAGUCUCGCACCGCCUUCACCAACCACCAGAUCUACGAGUUGGAAAAGCGCUUCCUUUACCAGAAGUACCUGAGUCCAGCUGACCGCGACCAGAUAGCACAGCAGCUCGGCCUCACCAACGCGCAGGUCAUCACCUGGUUCCAAAACCGGCGCGCCAAGCUCAAACGCGACCUGGAGGAGAUGAAGGCGGACGUGGAGUCGGCCAAAGCCGUGGGAACCGUGUCGUUUGAGAAGAUGGCCAAACUAGCCGAACUGGAGAAAUGCGCAGCUAACGGGGCGCUGGGCCCUAACAGAUCUGAGUCACCCUCGUUAUCGAACCAUGAGCGCAACGCCUCGAACAAACUCUUAUUGUCCUCCCCUUCGUCGCCAUAUACAGACCAUACUAGCAGCAAGGGCUGCUCCGAGGAUGAGGAGAUUGACGUGGAUGACUGAGGAUUUUACCAUUGUAUCUCCCUCUUACCACGACUAAAGUUUGAAGUGCCAUUUAUGCACCACAUCAUGAGGCUUUUAUGAAGAACACUUAGCAUCGCAUGGACUGUGUCUUAUAUGCAACAACAGAUGCAGACAGUUAUUGUAUUGAUCCAUUCAUUUAACCAACGUGGAAUAGUUUAAAGAAAAGCAAUAUGUAUUUUAUCCACAAAGGAUCUGCCCACACACAUACACACACACACACAAACACACACACACAAUCUUCCCGGUAUGAGUUAAUACCACUAGCUAAUAACUCAACCUAUGAAUCAUUUCAAUGCAUGUUUUAUUUUGUUUCACUUAAUUGUAAUUUAAACGACUGUUGGUUUGAAUAUUACACAGAGGCAUUCAGAUUGAAAAACACACAUCAUAUGCUCGGUGUUAUAACUAUAUCGUAAGCCUACAUAUUUAAACAGUUUGAUAACGAUGGGAAGACAUUUUCUAAGAUAAUAAUCAAAGAUAAAUCAUAUUCCAUCUGGUUGCUUGUAAUAUCAGUCACAUUUUAAUAUAUUUAUAAUGGUUUGCAAACCUGUAAGUGCCUUUCAAUGCCAGCACACCAUUUUAAACAUAAUGUAUAAAGUG